UCCAUGUCUAUUGGUGAAACUUUAUUUGUCUAUUUGUUUAAUAAUGUAUUUGUCUUUUUUUUUUUGUUCUAUUUCAGGUGUAUAUUGUGUAUUUGUUCAGGAUUAGAUUUGAAGUAUGAGGAAUUAAUGAGUGUAUGUUGCUUUUUCAGGUAUGGGGUUAUUUUGACGUUUCAGAUACGAAAUUUGAAGGGAAUGGACCGUGCUUGGUGUCCUUGUAUGGGAAAAGUGCGUUAGGGAAUUUACUGACUUAUAUUGUUACAAUAAUAGCACUUGACGCGCGUGUACGCAUGCGAACGCACACACACACGCACACGCACACGCACACGCACAUAAACAGACACACACACACACACACAUAAACAGACACACACACACACACACACACACACACACACACACACACACACACACACACACACGUUCUUACUCACUACUCGUUCUUCCCCGUUACUCGUUACUCGCGUUACGUAUUGGCGACGCGUACUUGGAUGUUAAAAAAAAAAAAUCUUCGCUCAGGACCCCCAAGUCUCAAAGGGGACCUUCCUUGCUUGUGGCCUCUGUACUAACCUCUGUGAUAUUCUAGCCUGUGGGCCUCAAUAUAAGUCUGGAUUUAUAUGGAAAUCAGGCUUGUAUGAUAUUCCAGCCGAAUCUGAGUUGCUUUAUCCAGCCUCAUCUAAUUUGAAAUCUAAUAUCUGUAUUGAAAUCUGUAUUGAUAACUAACCUCCAUGCAUCUAAGUCGGGAUUUAUAUGGAAAUCAGGCUUGGAUGAUAAUCUGAUCUGAAAUCUAUCUUCUGUGAUCAUCCAGCCUUAUCUAAUUUGAAAUCUAAUAUCUGUAUUGAAAUCUGUAUUGAUAACUAACCUCCAUGCAUCUAAGUCUGGAUUUAUAUGGAAAUCAGGCUUGUAUGAUAAUCUAUCUUCUGUGAUAAUCCAGCCUUAUCUAAUUUGAAAUCUAAUAUCUGUAUUGAAAUCUGUAUUGAUAACUUAUCUAAUUUGAAAGCCAGCCUGCAUCUAAGUCAGGAUUUAUAUAUGUAAAUCAGGCUUGUAUGAUAAUCCAGCCCAAUCUGAUUUGAUAAUUGUGAUAAUUAAUUUUUAUCUGAUUGGAAAUCUAUCUUCUGUGAUGAUCUUUAUCUGAUCUUAAAUCUAACCAAGAUGGAAAGCCAGCCUUUGGUUCCCUCUAAAUCUAAAAUGUAUGGAAGAAAGACAUGAAUUACGUGACGCGUUUUUGUUCGGUUAUUUAGAUAAAAACAUCUAAAUCGGGUUAUAUAUUCACACCCACAUACAUAUAUGUGUGUAUAUGUAUAUAUAUAUAUCUCUAUAUAUGUCUCCAUAUAUAUAAUGAUAAUAAUACACACACACUUUUCUCAGAUACGCUCAUGACUGACGUACACAGCAAAUAUUUACGCAUUGCAUAUAGAAAUAACCCCCACCCCCCUAUAAAUAUAUAUAUAUAUAUAUGUAUAUGUAUAUAUAUUUAUAAAUAAUAUCGAUACACCACAUAUCAAAGGCAAAAGCAGAAAAAAAAAAAUUAAGAGAAAGAAAGAGAUAUAAGAAAAUACGAAAAAAUAUACAUAAACCCACCUUUAAGAAAAAUAAAAAGAGAUUAUUUAAAUAUUUAAACGGAAUUCUCUCAGUGGCCAACAGCAACAGCAACGCAACAACAACGAAGAUUGGGUUGCUAAUCUCACGGCCAAUGUCGUCAAGGGGAUUGUGAGCUCCAAUCAGCGGGACGGCAACCAACCCCAAGCAAUGGUUCAACCCUCAGCCAACAACAAUAACGAUAUGGUGUCGAGCAUCACCUCGGGGAUUGUGCAAGGGCUGGUGAGAGGUCAGCUUAUGUCAAGCAAUAUGACCCAGGAGAAUGCCGUGCCCAAAGCAGACGACGUGACAGUGGCAAACAUCGCCUCGUCUGUCGUCAAGAGCCUUUUGAGCGACACCGACAACCGCCCCGGGGGGGGGUCGAGUGCCGCGGAGAGCCUCGCCACGUCAGGCGUCGACAAGGAGCUGCUGGCAGGCAUUGCCGGCGGCGUCAUGGCAGGCCUGGCAAGCAACCGCAACCACACCGCCCACCAGCACGGGGGGGUGGUGGGGGUGGCCCCUCCCCCACCCCGGGACUCGGUGGUGGCCAACGUCACCACCAGCGUCUUGAGGGGAAUCGUGAGGUACUUCCGAAGGUCUUAUUAAUUAUUGUUAUUGUUAAUGUUAUUAUUAUUUAUUUAUUAAUGUUAUCUGCUUAGUUAUGAUUGUUAUUAUUUAUUUAUUUUUGGUAUUAUUGUUAUUAUUGUUAUUAUUGUUGUUAUUAUUUGUUAUUUAUUAUUAUUUUAUUGUUAUUAUUUAUUAGGGAAUCUUGAGGGGAAUCGUGAGGUACUUCCGAAGGUCUUUUUAUUGUUAUUAUUAUUGUUAUUAUUGUUAUUAUUUAUUAUUGUUAUUGUUAUUUUAUUGUUGUUAUUGUUAUUUUUA